AAAAAACCCUAAUUCUCCAUCAACAUAUUUAACUUCAUUCCCCAUCCCCUCUCAUCCCCCACCCAAACCACCUGCAAAAAAAUGGAUUCAUCCGCAGCACCUUCAUCAGCUUUCGAUUCAUUCAAAUCCAAAAAACCCUUAAAAUCCUCCAUCAGCAAACCACAUUCAUCCGACAAAGCACCCGAUCAGAACCCGUUGUUCUUCAAAACCCCCGAAAAAACCCUCACGCGCCGCCAGUCACUCCGAUCGGUCAAUCAAGUCAAAGAAGCGGCCAAACGGCUUCGGGUUUCAGACCCGGUAGCUUCAGUUGCUCCAAAUCCCUCACCGGAAACACCUAACUCGAAAUCGAAGACCUUCAAACACCCGAAAUCGCUUCCGGAGAAGUAUGAAAUAUUGUGUACGUUUUUCGAUCGAUUGGGGUCUUCUCUACGACUACUCGGGUUGAAACGAUCUAUGCCGACAUUUGCGAACAUCAGUAGAAUGGUUCGGAGCUUAACCGAUAGGAGUUUUGGGUAUAGUCAUUUAGCUCAGAUUAAGUUUAUAUUACCCGAGGCGGUUGAGAUUAAGAAGAUACUCGUUCGCGAUGAUCGAACGAGCUGUUUGAAACCGGAUCUUUGUAUCAGUUUGAAUUUUGAUAUUGUUCAUGAUGAUGAGAAUCUGAGAUCUGAUAGUGGUUAUACACUGUUGAGUAAAUUGUUUCGGUCCAGGCUUUUGGGUUUCUGUGAAUCCAAUCCUGAGGGAGAUGAUGUUCCGGAGGGGGAGUUACCCGAACCGUUUAAUAAAUCGAACAAAUCGUCUUAUACAAAUCCAGUUCAAAAGGUUAAUGUGGAUUCAGUUCAUGAUAUUUCGUCAACAGUUUCUGAACAUCAGCCAGUGGCAGCAUCUAUUAUGCCUCAAUCUUUCAAAAGGCGGUUUUCGAAACAAAUUUUGCCCGAAAAUGUAGAGCUUGCUGAAACUCGGGUUGACCAUGAAGUAGCUUCCGCUGUGAAAUCGCUUAACGAGUUACCUGAAACGCCGGUCAAGGGAUUUGCGAUUGAUGGGACUCCGGUUAAGCUUGUUUCGACUCCAUUUAGUGACACACCUGCACAAACCGCACGGCCGGUUAGGUGUUUUAUGACCCCGGAUGAAGAGGGUUCAGUUAUGUCUCCUAGUAAGUUAACCAGACGCCCAAGUGGAAAGAGAUCGAUAACGUUUGAUACUCCUGUGAAGAAUAGAACUCCACCUGUUAAAAGGGUAUCCAAUGAUGAUGACGAGGAUGUCCUCUCGGAUGAUCUUCUAGCAUCGAUUAGAGCAAAUGAAAUGAAAGCAUUAGAGGAGAAUAAUCCAGAAAUCUCACAGGCUAAAUGGAGGAAACAGAUGAUUGCAGGGUUACCUAAACUCGUCGACGCCGUUUUGUUUUACUUUCAGUCGGUUAAACGAACUGUUGUUACAAAAGAGGAGCUUAUGAACAUCAUAACUUCAAGCCAGUUGGAAAUUGUUGACAGAAGAGAAGCUGAAGAACAACUCAGAUUGUUGCAAGAAUUUGCUCCUGAAUGGAUUUAUGAGAAAACGGCAUCAAGUGGUGAUCUUUUGAUCUGUGUUAAUAAAAUAUCAAGCCCGGGAUCGAUACGCACAAGGCUCUCUAAUGCUAACUAACAUAACUAACUUAAAGUCGUCGUCGUUGAGGUUUAGGUUUAGGUUUUUUUAUAUAGGUUUCUAUGUACAAACCACUUCUGUGAUGUGAAUACAGUUUGGAACUCUUCUGAAAUCCUAUAUAUGUUCAAAUAAAGUCUUAUAUGAUGGUACUCUUUUUAAUAA